GUGCUGAGAAAAGAAAGGAAGACACAGUGGGAGUGCUCUCGUUCCCCGUAUCCCUCUUUCCUCUCCGCCUCCGCCUCCGCCUCUGCCUCCGAUCUCCGGGGCUUCCCAGCAUUCGAUCUCGUCGAUCAUGUCCGCAGAGAAGGGUCAACCAUUGCCCAAGUUUGGAGAGUGGGAUGUCAACAAUCCUGCCUCGGCUGAAGGUUUCACUGUUAUAUUUAACAAAGUUCGAGAUGAGAAGAAGACAGGUGGUAACUCGGGCACUCCGACAACACCAACGAGAAAAGAUGUAGGUAGUCUGCCGCCAGAUGACACCUACCAGCAUCCGAGAAAAACUCGGAAGUGGUUUUGCUGUGGUUGAAUGCUGCUACUGGAAUGAUUAGUACUUGGUAAUCAUAGUUUGGGUUGUGAGGAUAAAGAAAGUUUGGUUUAAUGAUCAGAUCCUGUCAUAUGAAUAUUAUGGUAUCUGAUGGAUGAUCCGUCUGUAUCAAUAUUAUUUCGACAAAAAAAAGACAAUACAUGGAUGGAUAAUUAUUUUUCUUUCAGUUUUAGCUAAA